AGCUGUAAUAACAUUGAUAAACACACAAGUAUACAUAUCCCAGCACAAACCACACUUAAACAGAAGUAUCACUGCAAUUCAAAAUUUAAAAUUUAAUCAGAGAAUAAAAAUGAAUCCUUUACAGCUGUUAAACAUAAUCUUAAAUUUCUUGGCUUAUGUAUUUGUGCAUCUUUUGUGUAAGAGGGCCUUUUUUCAUACACAUAUAGACUUACUCACAAUCACCUGCUGAUGUUUCUCCUCUCCAGUUUUUAUGGACCUGGGUUACUGUUUAACAUCCCCACCCUAGUUUGAGUUUGUUUAGUAAAUCGAUCUUAUGACAGGGCUAUGAUGGCGCCAUCCAAUGUGUCGCUCCAUGAAUUAUUGGCAGCUUAGCUCUCCAGCCUUCCCUUUUAAUGUUUUCCAACACUUUACACUAUUUUUAAACCCAGUGCUCCAUAAGCCUGAUGGCUCACUGAGUGCUGCUGCCUCUCACAGUACAGCUUUACCCUUGGAUAAAUGCACAUACAAGACGGAAAUAGUAAAACGGACAGCAUGCCAACAGAGCCAAGCCAAUCUGGUCCGGAUGGGUUGAGCACUAAUUGUGCAAUCUGUGGAGACAAAGCUACAGGAAAGCACUAUGGGGCCUCUAGCUGCGACGGCUGUAAAGGUUUCUUCAGACGCUCAAUACGAAAAAACCAUGUGUACACCUGCAGGUUCAACAGACAGUGUGUGGUUGAUAAAGAUAAGAGAAACCAAUGCCGUUUCUGCAGACUCAACAAAUGCUUUAGAGCAGGCAUGAAAAAAGAAGCUGUACAGAAUGAAAGAGAUCGGAUCAGUUCCCGAAGAGCCAUCCCAGAUUCCCAAGACCUUCCACCGAUUACUAUCUUGGCACAGGCAGAAUCAUUAUCCCAGCAAAUUAUCACUCCUGUAGGACUUGCAGAUAUAUCGAAGGUGAAAUCAGCCACCAUAGGUGAUGUUUGUGAUUCUAUGAGGCAACAACUCUUGGUUUUGGUGGAAUGGGCCAAAUAUAUACCUUCCUUUGGGGAAUUGCCACUGGAUGAUCAGGUGAGCUUGCUCAGGGCUCAUGCAGGUGAACACCUCUUGCUCGGGGUUGCCAAAAGGUCAAUGCCAUUUAAGGACUUCCUCCUUUUAGGUAAUGGCUGUGUGAUACACAGGAACAGCCCCGAGUCGGAGAUUUGCAGGGUUGCAAACAGAAUUUUAGACGAGUUGGUCCAGCCUUUCCAGGAUAUUCAGAUAGAUGACAACGAGUAUGCAGCUCUAAAGGCAAUUGUCUUUUUUGAUCCAGAUGCUAAGUCUUUGCGGGACCCUACCAAAAUAAAGACAAUGCGUCUUCAGGUUCAGAUGAGUCUGGAGGACUACAUUAAUGACCGUCAGUAUGACUCCAGGGGUCGUUUUGGAGAGCUCUUACUCCUGCUUCCCACCUUGCAGAGCAUCACCUGGCAGAUGAUUGAACAGCUCCAGUUCAUUAAGCUCUGUGGCCUGGCCAAGAUAGACAACCUGCUGCACGAGAUGCUGCUGGGAGGGCUCACAACAGAAUCCAGCCAUCUUCAUCACCCAGCACACACCCAGCUGGCCCAGGACCCUGUGACAGGACACACCCUAGUCAUCAGCAACAUGCCAGUCACUCAGAUUCCACAGAUAGCUUCACCUGAGACUCCCAUGCCAUCCCCACCACAGGAUCCUGCCACAGAAAUGUACAAACGUUUUCCUCAGCCUCACAAUGCUACUGCCAGCCCUCCACCGUCCACAAAAGCAGAACCCUGACUCCUUCCUAUAUCAUAUCGAGGAGUUUCUUAGAGGAUCAGUUUUCUCCUUGUCUGUAGUUUAUUAUAGUGAUGCAAAAGCACUCCUUAUUCAGUAGGUGUCUUAAAGACUUCCCACUGCCUAUUCCCAGUGUUGCUGUUGGUAUUGCGGCAACAAUGGCCUUGGAAUAAUUGGCUGCUCUUCAAAAGUAAGCUUUUAUUCAAAUUGAAACCAUCACAAGUCUACAUGUUUCAACAAGAGAGCAGACACAGGGGCUUCGGCUGUAAUGAUCAGAGGGCACAGAGCAAUUCAGGGGCUCAUUUAGGCUCCAGCUGAUGCUCUAACCUGCUCAGACCACUCGGAUCAUUUCCAUAGUCAUCUCACAGCGGCAGGGAUGAUGUGUGUGAGUAAAGUAUAAUGACGGCACAGCAGUAACUUCAUUAUUCGAACAGCCCGACAUGACAACAAGCUCAGUCAUCUGAAAAACUUUACGUAAACUGUAUCGGAGCAACUACUGCUUACCUUUUACAGGUUUAAAAGACAAACCUUCAGCAA